AUGGGAAGAUCUCCUUGUUGUGAUGAAAAUGGUGUGAAAAAAGGGCCAUGGACUCCUGAAGAAGAUGAGAAAUUGAUUGAAUUUGUGGCUAAAAAUGGCCAUGGAAGUUGGAGAAAUCUCCCAAAGCUUGCUGGUUUGAAUAGGUGUGGAAAAAGUUGUAGAUUGAGAUGGACUAAUUAUCUUAGACCUGAUAUUAAGAGAGGAAAAUUCUCCGAAGAAGAAGAAUCGUCCAUUAUCAAGCUUCAUUCACUACUCGGAAAUAGGUGGUCGAAAAUCGCUAGCCAUCUUCCCGGGAGGACGGAUAACGAAAUCAAAAACUUUUGGAACACCCAUUUGAGGAAGAAGCUUUUACAAAUGGGAAUUGAUCCAAGCACACACAAGCCAAGAACAGACCUAAAUCAUUUCCUCAACCUUUCUCAAUUGUUUAAUAAUGGAAUACCAAAUCCUCUAAAUAGUGAUCAACUCAAGUUGCAAGCAGAAAUAGCCAAACUUCAAUUACUACAAAAUCUUUGCCAACUUCUAAACCCAACCACUACUAUUCCUACCACCAUUAAUAAUGGACUUCAAAACCCUAACCCUAGCCAGUUUCAGGCCGGUUUUUCGACUGGUUUCGUGUCGGUGCCGGGUCUUGAAGAUGGGGACAAGAUCAAUAAAGCUAAUAAUUAUUUGGAAGAAAUGGGAAAUUUUGGUCAUGAUGUACUUCAAGCUGAGAAUUAUUAUCAACUUCCUCCAUUGAUUUCAGAGUCUCCUGAUGGUUCAGCUUCAAAUGUCAACCAAAUUGAGAGUAGUGAAACAAAUCCAUUGUGUUUCUCUACUAAUUCAAACUCACCUGCUGCAUCCUCUUCAAUUUUUGAUAGUUUGGAGUCUUUGAUGAAUGAUGAUGACGCAAAUGGAUCGUAUUGGAAUAAUAUUCUUCGGUAA